UGCGCGACACGACGACGCACUUCCAUACGCGCGCGCUCGCUGAAACUCACUCACUCACUCAUGUGGCGGAGACAGGAACGUAUGUGACCGCUGAAGGGGGCAUCUCCUCCCGUAACUCAACCAAUGUGAUACCCUCCGACUUUUCGCAGAGGAGUUCCUCCAUCACCGCGCUCAUCCUAACAUUCAUGUACUUUCUGCGCCGUUUCCCCACGUUCAGAGAAUAAUGGAAGCGCUCGGGAGCAGAUGCGCACUUUUUCUCGCUCAGAUCGCACUCUUCUUUAACACAGUAGAUAUAUCAGAAGCAUAUGGAAUCAGAUCUCAGAAGAAACUCUCAGAGAACAUAGAUUGGUCGUAUGAGGGAACUCUAAACCAAAACAACUGGGCAAAGAAAUACCCAUCAUGCAACAAUGCCAAACAGUCACCAAUCAACAUUGAGGAAAGCCUGACGCAGGUCAAAGUUCAGUUCCAGAAACUGAGAUUAGAGGGCUGGGAGGAGCUAACGUCAGAAUUCACUACAGUGAAGAAUGAUGGGAAAACUGUGGCCAUUGAUGUUGGCGGAGAAUUUUACGUUAGUGGAGGAGGGCUGAGGUCCAAGUUUAAAGUGGGCCGCAUCACUUUCCACUGGGGCCUGUGCAAUGCCUCCUCAGACGGUUCAGAGCACAGCCUCAACGGGCAGAAGUUCCCCUUGGAGAUGCAGAUAUAUUGUUAUGAAGCAGAUGUUUUCCAUGACCUCGACGAGGCCCUACGAGACGGAGGAAAGAUCACCGCAGUGGCCGUCCUGUUUGAGACAAGUAUUGAGAAUAAUAAAAAUUAUUUUGCCAUCAUUGAUGCAGUCAACAGUGUGAGCCGUUAUGGAAAGAGUGGCACUGUCUCUCCGUUCACCCUUCAGGGACUCCUGCCUUACUCUACAGAGAAAUACUUCACCUAUAAUGGCUCUCUCACCACCCCACCCUGCUCGGAGACUGUCGAGUGGAUUGUCUUCAAAAACACUGUUGCCAUCUCAGAUGUUCAGCUGGAGAUGUUCUGUGAGGUCAUGACCAUGCAGCAGGCUGGAUAUGUAAUGCUUAUGGACUACCUGCAGAAUAACUUCAGAGAACAGCAGGAGCAGUUUAUGGGAAAGGUCUUCUCAUCCUACACUGGUGUUGAGGAGGUCCACACACCUGUUUGCAGUUCUGAGCCGGAGAAUAUUCACGUCGACCCUCAGAAUAACACCAGUAUGCUUGUGAUCUGGGAGAGGCCACGGGCCGUUUAUGACUCGAGCAUAGAAAGAUACUCUGUCACCUACCGGCCAGCCCAAGGGGAUGACGAAUCUGCCCGAGAGUAUCUGACUGAUGGAGACCAGGAUGUGGGGGCGAUCAUUCAGGACCUGCUGGCUAACACAAGUUACAUGGUGCAGGUGGUUGCUGUGUGCACCAACGGUCUGUAUGGCCGUGUGAGCGAUCAGAUGACGGUUGACAUGCCCCUGGAUGAUCCUGAAGCAGACUACGACCCUGAAUCAUAUAACUACGAUGAGGAAAACUAUCGCACCAAUUCAUUUUUGGUCAGACCUGACUCAAAUCAGCAUCUAUAUCCUGUCCAAACCACCACAGUCCAUUCAACAGUUACUAUUACAGAGAGACCCACCCAUCCAGUCUUUGAUGUUAAAACAACACCAACAACGUAUGAAAGACAAAUCCCAGAUGACUCCCAAAUGAAUCACCAUGCUCCAGUGGCAUAUACAGAGGAACCUACUGCCAUAUAUACAGACCAACUUACCCCUACCCCAACCAUAACCACCACAGAUGUACACAUCAAUGUUUCAGACGUAUCCGAUGAUAGAAGCAGCACAUUCACAGGGUCCACCAUAACAAAUCAUACAUCUGAAAUAAAUAUAACAUCAGCUUUAGUAAACAUUACUGAGGUUGAGUUAGUGUCUCCACAUGUAAUCGAUUCGGACAGCUAUGGAGAGAGUUCGGUGACUGUAGCCCCAAAGGAAAAUGCCAGUGAAAUCCCAAUCGAUUCGGCGUCCUCGUCCUCCAUACCUUUGGAGGUCACUCUACAGCCUUCAUCUCCUAGCUUGCUUUUUCCAACUUCUGCUUUCAGCACUGUUCUGUCGCAGACAACCUCGCUGGUGUAUAAUGGUGAGAGCACCUCCUACGCCCCCUCUGUACCCCUGUCCAACGUGCAUGCUAGUCCCAUCUCCCCCCAUUCCCCAAGCAGUGUGUUGUCUGAGUCCAAACCCAUCCCUGAACUGGUCGUCACGUACACUGUUUCCCACCCGAUGUCUGGUGGUGGCGCACAGUCUGUCACCCCUUCCCCUUCCUACCCAACCCUGUACCCCUUUGGAUCCGUGUCUGUUUUGGACAUGGAGCCUGUCUUUAGUGGUGGCUGUGAUGAUGAUGGUGGUGAUGAUGAUGUUAUUUCUGGGUCUGUCUCAACUGACCCUCAAUGUAGCAGAACUGUUCCCCUUCAAAUAUUACCAGAAGCGACUGGUACUGUGUUCUUGAUGCAGCCAAGUUCUGAACAUGACCUUCAAAGCUCCCCCGAUUCCUCAAGUAUGGUCUUCCCACUGAGCGAUCCAAAAUAUAUCCAACCUUCAGUACCUGUCUCUGGCGACUACUCUCAGAUGGUGAUGACCCUUGACUCGACCGUUUCUCUUUUAGGUAGCGUUAGGGAUUCAGACCCAGAUUCCCCUCUGGUAGCUCCUUCUUUAAGCAUAGAUGAUGGUGCGUCACAUACCUCGAGUAAAAUUUCUCUGCAUGCUUCUAACUUCUUGCUGCCCUCCUCUACCAGGGUGCUGCCCCCUUGUGGUGGUCUCUCAAAUGACCUUUCUAGUCUAUUACUGUCCAGCACCGGCACUCCUCUGUGCAGUGACACAUACAUGGAUACUAUGUUGUCUUCUUCUCUUUCUCCCACCAAGCCCUUUAGUGACCACAGUGCAACCACAGUUGGACAGUUUCAAGGCGCACCUGAGCCUCAAACCAUUGCUCCCACAUUUACCUCGCAAUCCAGCAUCAUGCCUACUCCUACAAUGCCGCCAACUAUCGAACCCACCUCUAUUCCUGAAUCCAAGAUUUUGUUUGCUCCUCCAGUGCCGCCAACUAUUGCAUCCGCCUCUACUCCUGAAUACAAGAUUUUGUUUGCUCCUCCCGUGCCACCAACUAUUGCACCCGCCUCUAAGAAUCUAGAAUCCAGCACCAUGCCAACACAAUCCGCAGAUGGGCAAUUGGAUAGCAGUGCCUCUGGUUGGCCUUUGGAUUUAGAUUCGGGUCAGAACUCAGCUUCAGGAGAUGAGAUUAUAGCUCCGUACAUCCCCACUGCUUUACCUACAGAGGCACCGAACGAUGGGAGCGAGGAGCAUUCCUCAUCCUUCUACUUUGAGGGUGAGAACGAAGCAACUGAGUUUAGGGUCACCUUGCGCCCAUCUUGGACUAUACGAGAAGGUGUAGAGGAAGAAAGCGGAUCGAGUGAUAGCCUUACUGAUAUCGAGACAUCUUCAGACUUCAGUAUCCAAGAGCGAACAGGAAGGAACUCAGAGGAGGAUACAGUGGAAGAUGCCAGUAAUAGCAGUCACGAGUCGCGAGUUGGUCUGGUGAACAGUGUUGAGAGACGGAAGAAGGCUGUGGUUCCUCUGGCUGUGGUCUCCACAUUAACCUUACUAUUUCUUAUUAUUCUGAUAGGCAUUUUCAUCUACUGGAGGAAAUGUUUUCAGACUGCUCACUUUUACAUAGAAGACAGCACAUCACCAAGAGUGAUUUCUUCCUCGCCAAAGACGAGCCGUACAGGUGAACAUGAUCCCAUGUUGGUUAAACAAUUUGUAAAGCACGUGGCAGAACUUCACAACACCAACUCAUUUUCGCAAGAGUUUCAGAUAUUGAAAGAGUAUUUUGAGGAGGUUCAGUCAUGCACUGUUGACCUCGCCGCAACAACGGACAUUUCCAGCUAUCCGGAAAACAAGAGCAAGAACCGAUAUCUCAACAUUUUAGCCUAUGACCACAGUAGAGUUCGACUCGCGCCCCUGACAGACACAGGCGGAAAGAGCGAAGGGGACUACAUAAACGCCAACUACGUUGAUGGUUUUAACACAAACAGAGCUUACAUCGCUGCUCAAGCGCCCUUAAAGUCCAGCACAGUAGAUUUUUGGAGGAUGGUUUGGGAGCAAAACGUGGGAGUGAUCGUCAUGAUGACAAACCUGGUGGAGAAUGGAAGGAGGAAGUGUGACCAGUACUGGCCUUUGGAAAAUCAGGAAGAAUAUGGAUGUUUUUUGGUUACUCUGAGGAGCACAAAAGUCCUGGCUUACUACAACCAAAGAACAUUCACCAUCAGAAACACCAGCAUAAAGAAGAGUUCACAGAAGGGUCGUAAUAAUGAGAGAACAGUAAUACAGUAUCACUUCACACAGUGGCCAGAUAUGGGUGUACCUGAGUACGUCCUGCCUGUGCUUUCAUUUGUCCACAAAUCAUCCAGAGCCAGGACAGAUGACAUGGGUCCAAUGAUUGUACACUGCAGUGCUGGUGUAGGGCGAACAGGAACCUACAUAGUGCUGGACAGUAUGUUAAAACAAAUAAAAGAACAAGGCACAGUUAACAUUUUGGGCUUCCUCAAGCACAUUCGCACACAACGUAACUAUCUUGUUCAAACAGAGGAACAGUACAUUUUUACCCAUGAUGCUCUAGUAGAGGCCAUUUUGAGUCAAGAGACAGAGGUGCCAUCAAGUCAUAUUCAUCGAUAUGUCAAUGACCUCCUGACACUAGGGCCCUCAUGCAAGACACGGCUGGAAAAGCAGUUCAAAUUGGUCUGCCAGACGAAUGCCAAACACAACGACUAUAGCAGCGCAAUGAAAGAAUGCAACAGAGCGAAGAACAGGAGCUGCUCGCUUAUACCUGUGGAGAAAUCCAGAGUUUGUUUGUCCACAUCAGUGAGAGAAACAUCCGACUACAUCAAUGCCUCAUAUGUCAUGGGUUAUCGUCAGAGCAAAGAGUUCAUCAUUACCCAGAAUCCUUUGCCUGGCACAGUAAAGGACUUUUGGAGGAUGGUAUGGGAUCACAACAUCCAGGUCAUGGUAUCAUUACGGGAUACGACAGAAAACAGCGAGCCAAUCAUAUUCUGGCCUGUAAAGGAUCAGCCAAUCAGCUAUGAGACCUUCACAGUCACAUUAAUAGGGGAGAGCCACGUGUGCCUGUCCAGUGAGGAUAUGUUGAUAGUGCAGGAUUACAUCUUGGAGGCUACACAGGAUGACUUUGUUCUAGAAGUAAGACAUUAUCGGACACCACGCUGGCCCAAUCCAGACAGUCCUAUCAGCAACGUCUUUGAGCUUAUCAACAUCAUCCAAAAAGAGUCCAGCUCCAAAGACGGACCUACACUUGUACACGACGAACAUGGUGGUGUGACUGCUGGAACAUUCUGUGCGCUUUCCACCCUCAAACAACAGCUUGAGUCCGAGAGCGUGGUGGACGUCUACAUGGUGGCCAAGAUGAUAAACCUCAUGAGACCUUGUGUCUUUACUGACAUUGAUCAGUAUCAGUUUCUUUACAAAGCUAUCCUGAGUUUGGUCGACACCCAAGAAGAUGAGCGAGCGCUACAGUGUACCGACAACAACGGUUCAGUCCCAGGAGACGCCUUGAUCUCGACUGAGAGUCUGCAAUCGCUGGUGUAACCAUAGUGAUGAAGCCUGAACAGAAAAAAACAGACUCUCUUUUUCUGUCAAAGAUGUUUUCUGUUUUCCCAAUCCAUAUUUUUCAUCUUUGAACUGACAGCCGGUUGCGGUGCGGCCAUUAAAUGUGUGCCUUUGAACUUCACUCCACAUUUUUACCCAAAACUAAUUGUCUGUCAAACUGCCACCUUGUGCUAAUGUCUUACUAAUGUCUUUUACGGUCUUAUAUUUAUUUGCUUAAAAGCUUGUUUAAAGAAGACCCUUUUGUAAAUUAGUCUGGUAGUAUUUUAGCCAAGCUGUUUUUCAUACAAAUACAGUAUAAAUACAAAGAAAGUGGCAAAAAUGUUCAUUGUUAAAGUCAGGAAAUAAUAUUCUAAUCUGUAAAUAAUACAGCAUCGCCCUCGCCGAUGGACCAAAUUUCUAUUUAUGUCUAGAAUUUUAUAUUUUGCCGCAGAGGCUUUAGCGCUUUACAGGAUACGGCUGUGUUUAAAUAAUUUUAGUCCACACAUUUAAAAUUAUGUUUUGUUGUCUCAAUAUUUUGUACUGUUACUGGCCUAAGAUAAAACAUUAUGUACUUAACACUGUUUAGCUGUACAAGAUGUUUGUCUGUUUGUAGGAUUAAAAGAAACAAGAAAGUACACAAAUAA